AUGAUGCAACGACUGAUGUUGUGUUUCUUGGGGAUGGUUCUAAUGCAUUCUUCUUGUCAAAAUGAUGCAACGACUGAUGUCUACAUUGUUACUCUCAAACAAGCCCCUACUUCUCAUUAUCAGAAUGAGUUGAAAACAGAUUAUAAUCACUUCAGACAUGGUACUUUUAGGAGAACUGCACUUCACAACCCAAGACAUCAAAAUUUUACAAAGACAUAUAAGAGACAUGGUUCUAAGUCUAACAUCGCACAAGUUCAUGACUCGUUGUUGAAGAAGGUGUUUAAAGGGGAGAAGUAUGUGAAACUCUAUAGCUACCAUUACUUGAUCAAUGGAUUUUCUGUGCUUGUUACUCAACAGCAGGUGGAAAAGCUAUCAAGGAGAAGAGAAGUGUCCAAUGUGGUUUCGGAUUUUUCUGUAAGAACUGCAACCACGCACACCCCAGAGUUUUUGGGUCUGCCACAGGGAGCUUGGUUUCAAUCAGGUGGAGUUGAAACUGCCGGAGAAGGAAUCACUAUUGCAUUUGUUGACACUGGCAUUGAUCCUACACACCCUAGUUUCUUGGAUGAUAAAUCUGAACUUCCAUUUCAUCCUCCUCCUCGUUUUUCUGGCACCUGUGAGAUUACUCCUGAUUUUCCAUCUGGUUCUUGCAAUAGGAAGCUUGUUGGAUCCCGUCAUUUUGCAGCAUCUGCUAUAGUCAGAGAAAUGCUUGAUCCAACCGAGGACUAUGCUUCUCCCUUCGACCGUGAUGGCCAUGGCACGAACAUAGCUUCUAUUGCAGCUGGAAACCAUGGAAUUCUAGUGGUUGUUGAUGGGUAUAAUUUUGGAAAUGCUAGCGGGAUGGCUCCUCAAUUGUUGUUUACAAGGCACUAUACAAGGGAUUUGGAGGAUUUGCUACAGAUGUUGUUGCAGCUAUUGAUCAGCUCAAGAUAG